CGAAAUUUGGAGCUCUCCGCUGCAGUCAAUUAUCGUCAUGCAAUCUCGAACGACGACGAUCCAUACCAGUACCGAUUCCGGCCGUGGCCGGCCUUUUUCUCCAACGCCAAUCGGCAGCAGACCUACUACGGCAGUACUACAGCGUCAAGUCGUGCAGUCUCCUGGGCCGAUUUGAGCUCCGCCACCGGAGGACAUCUGAGUUUUGGCGAGUGCGGGCUUUCGACAAAUGCAAAUUCUGCUCUGGAUCCAGCGUGCUGUCCGUUCACGGAGAAUUUCAUGGCGGAUUGCGCCGCGACGAACGUCUGUAGGGGAACGUUUCAGGAACCGAGGGGGAUCAGUGGCGGGUUUCCGAUGGCGAACAACUUUUUUUCCUAUGAGGACAGUAACUCCUCGGUGCAACACACUUGCCACGUUGAUCUGACUUCUGCUCAAGCGAGUACGCAAGAAAAAUACUGGAUUCGAACUGACGUGACGCUUGUGUUCGUAUUCCCGACUACCUCAACGGCCACGAGUACUACGCCUCCAGGGUACACCUCGCCAACUUCUACGACCUCAAACAAUUCAAGUUCGUCUACGCCCCCGCCCAGUGCGCUUAACGGCAAUCAGGCUGCUGCUGCUGGGACGACUACGAGUUCAUUGAACGCAACGUCUGGUGCGUCGAUCACGCGCGACCUUCUGAAGACGGUGCUCCAGGAGGAACUUUCGCUUCACUUUCCCUGGACUGCAGGCGCAUCCGACCCGGUCCCCUACACUCGGAAAGUGGUUGUGCGCGAUCUCGGGCAGCGCGAAAUUUUCUCGGACCGCAGCGGAGAUGAACCUCGGGCGACGGUGGCAAAUAACCAACGCCAGGAAAUUUCACUGGAUCUUUGGGUGGGCCCGUUCACGCAGCAGAUAAACGCGGAAAACCAAAAGCUUGCCUAUAAGCAGGACUUCGUCGACCAGAAGCGCAGCUGGCUUCCUGCAUCACACCCCGUGGAAUUUGCGACGAUGUCGAUGCAGCUCUCCGACAUGCGAUAUGAGAAAACAACUGGUCUUCAUGUGGCCCCCGCCGACCUCACAGUUGAAACCGUAAGCACGCCGGCAAGAGCCGACGGGGGCUGCGUGAGGCACCCUGGCCUUGUCGAGAGUGCCAUCCGGGAUGAAAAUCGGAUCCGUCCCGCAUACUU